CCUUGCUCUUAAAAGGUCUCCUUGGACUUCCUUUGCUCUCAAGAUCUUGAGAACCAAAGGGCGACCUUCUUGUUCCAGACCUAUGGCGGGAAGAACAUGAAACGCGUGGGCACCAUCCUGCAACAAGGGGUGCUGAUUCUCCUGCUCUGCUGCUUCCCGUGCUGGGCGUUUUUUAUCAACACCGAACAGCUCCUCUUGCUGAUCCGGCAGGAUCCGGAAGUCUCCAGACUCACUCAGGUUUAUGUCAUGAUCUUUAUUCCGGCACUUCCCGCAUCCUUUAUUUAUCAGAUCCAGAUGCGGUAUUUGCAAAACCAGAGGAUCAUCUGGCCAGAGGUUUUUUGUGGCAUUGCUGCAAACAUUGUCAACGUCCUUGCGAAUUAUAUCUUCCUCUACCAAUUUCACAUGGGAGUUAGAGGCUCUGCGUGGGCCAACACCAUCGCGCAGUAUUCUCAAGCCAUCACUCUCUUCUUGUAUAUCAAGUGGAAAAAGCUUCACGUGGAAACCUGGGGAGGUUGGUCCAUGGAAUGCCUGCAGGAAUGGGGUCUCUUUAUGUCGCUGGCGAUUCCCAGUAUGCUGAUGACGUGCAUUGAAUGGUGGACCUUUGAAAUUGGAAGCUUUCUGAUAGGACUCCUAAGUGUGCUGGAUCUGUCUGCCCAGUCCAUCAUUUAUGAAAUUGCCACAGUUGCUUAUAUGAUUCCUUUUGGGAUCGGGACCUCCGUCAGCGUCCGAGUGGGCAAUGCCUUAGGGGCCGGGAAAGUGGAAGAAGCCCGAAAGUCAUCUAUGGUUGCCAUUUUGUGCACAGUGGGUUUCUUCCUCCUAAUGUGUGCCGUGAUGACAGCCUCGAAAGAUGUUUUGGCAUACAUUUUUACCAGUGACAAGGAGGUGGUUGACCUCGUG